AGUGCUUCAGUGUUAGAGAAUGAGAACCUGUGCUACAGCACAGGAUUGUAGGUCAGAACGGGCCUCAGGAGUCACCCAGGCCAAACUCCCCUCCAAACUCCAAGGAGAGUGUCCAGGGCUUUGGUCUCCCCCUCUCAAAAUGUUCUGAGAAAAAUAAAAGAUCAGUAACUGAAAAAAAGCAGAGAAAAAAAGAUUAAGGAGCCUGGAAGAGAAUGAGAAGAGAAAAUGCAACACAGACAUUGACUUCUCCCCACUGCUCAGCUUUGGGUUCCCCCUGAAAACACUUGACAGAAACAAAGUUCGUGCAAUUCCAGAGACAUGCCAGUGUCUUGUUUCCCUGUUCUAGCACAGGGAAUGGAAGCAGACAAGUUGUGGGAGCAGCUUUGAGUUUUGUCAGUCUGAAACCACUGAAACUAGCAAGGUAGUGCAGUUCAUUCAUCAUCAGGUGGUCUCAUUGAGAACGGGCUUUAAAGCGUUUUAUUCUGUCCUGCCAUACGAACGGCAACGCUUGUUCUCACUGCGCUAAAGAAUGGAAAGGAAACAAACACAAGGGCAGAAUCUCCUCGAUGCUACGUGCGAUUCAGGGCAAAGCUGCCAACGGGAUUUGGAGGGGUCUGUCCUGCCGCUCCAGAGGGGACAAUCCCGAGGUUUUCCAGGAGCCCACAGCUCCAGGUGCUGGAGCCGCUGAAACCUUUUAGGUGCCUUAAAGUGCGAACACGAAGUAGCCUCACGCUAUUGCCCGGCUCUGCCCGUGCUGGCGGCGGGGCCGCGCCGUGACCCAGUUUCCCAGCGGCCCGGAACGCCCGGGGAUAACCCGGGAGGGGGCUCGGGGGCCGGCGGACAAGGCCCGGCCGCCGCCCGCCGGAGGACAGCCCCGCGGCGGAGCCGGCGGCGGGCCCGGGCGGGCUCGGGCGCUGCGGGACCGCGGGGCAGGUGCGGGUCGGGCCGGCUCGGUCCCCAAACGAAACAACCGCGGCCCCCGAACAACCGCGGCCCCCGAACAACCCCGGCCCUGCGCCCGCCGGCGGGGCGGGACGGACCCUCCGGGGCGCGGGCGCGGCCCAAUGGCGAGCCGGCCCCGCGCCGCCACAGCCAAUGGGCGCGGCGGCAGCGCGCACGUGACCGGGCGCGCGGCCGCCCGUCAGCGGGCGCUAUAUAUCGGGGCGGGGGCGCGGGCGGCGGCGGCCGCGGGGGCUCGGCGGGUCCGGCCGCCGCUCCCGCCCCGCCCGCGCCGCGCCGGGGCCGCCGGUCAGCGGCGGGAGCUGCCGGACCGUCCGCACCGCCGCCAACUUUGGGGAGAGCGAGCCCAGCGCGGAGCUGAAGCCGGGAGCGCCCCGCCAGCUCCUACUCCAAAUGAUGGCAAGAAAAAGGUUAUUGAGGUCCUUCUGAACAGCAGUUGUGCCUUCCAAAGUAUCAACCUGGUGUCAUCUGCAAAUCUGAGGAGUUUGUCCAUCCCACCACCCGGAUGGUUGAUGAAAUUGCUCAGUAGUAUUGGCCCCACCACUGAUUCCCAAGGACAAUCACAGCAUGAUGGCCACCAGUUAGUGCUUGAACUCGACUGCCAGCCUUUGAACAAAACAGCCCAGGUUUUCACCCAAACUGCCUGCAAGGAUGACAUGGGAGACUGCAUCAGAAGCCUUGCCUAAUACUGAGGUUAAUGACAAAAUUACACUCUCCUCAUCCAUGGAUCCAGUCAUUUCAUCACAGAAGGAAUGAGGCUGGUCAGGCAUGAUCUCUCCCAUUGGUAAACCCACAGUGAAUGUUCCCAAUUACCUUCCUGUCCUUCAAGUGCCUGGAAAUGCCUUCUGGGAGGAUUUGCUCCAUACCCUUCCCACUGAGGGACUGAGACAAGGCAGUUCCCCAGAGCAGCUAUUACUCAGCAGAGCCGAGUUAAAGGUGAUUCAUUAUCCCUUAUCAGCUAAAUUUUACUAUACAGAGACAUUCCUCCCCUUUCCCCUACAUUGGGUAGAGCUUGUCUCACCUCAGCACUGAAAACACACGCUGUUUGCAGAGAGGAGUGGGAAAUAAGGUCAUCUUGUGAUAAGUAUUUUUACUUAUUUUCAUUUACACGGAAAACAAUCCCAGUUCCUGCUUACAACAAAACUGAAAGGAAACCUACACAGAGCUGAAUCUUCCAUGUAUCUGCACUAUUCCUCAAUACACUGUCUACAAACAUCGUUAUUUUAAAUGCCUGUUUACAUUCCAGUAAAAUUCUGUCAGCAUGGUAUCUGAUUUAUUGAUGCCAUCAAAAGUCACAGGAUUCCUGACAUGCCUCCUGAGGCACAAAAAUCAAAGCAGAAAGGAGAUGCAUGUUGCUGUGGUAUCAGCAUUACCACAUACCUUAUGGGCUGGGUUUCCAGAAGCCCUCUGUGAUUUCUGGGACAGAGCACAGUGCACUUCUGCAAAGCUGGUGCUUCCCUGAGAGGUUCAGCAGGCUCUGCUCCUGAAAAAUGGGGUGGUGUGGAGGAAAUGCCCUCAGAGCCAGCUCGUGGUAACAGCAACACUAGGGGCAGCUCUCAGCCAGCCCAUUCCUCUAAAGGGGAUUCGUACAUAUUUGGCAUCUUAUUUAGGCUACCAAAAGGGAAAACACAGUCAAGCACCAAUGCUUGUUAGAAAAAAUAUGAUGAUGAAGAAAAAUGCCUGUCCCAAAAGAAGGUGAUCAUGUCUCUGUUUCACAUCCAGUGCCUCUCAGCAUGCAACACCCCAGCCCACAGGCACUGUCUUUGUCCCUGGGCAUGAGAUUUUUGCAUCUUCUCUGCCUGGAGGAUGUUUUGGUUUAUUAGGAUAUUGCCUACCAGGCAGCCCAGCCUACUCCAAUAUUGAAAGAUCAAUUGCAUAAUCAGUCUGUAAAUCUGGGAAAAUUCUUUAUUGACUUUCUGAUCACUGAUAAAGUGUUGGCUAACUCAAGGCAUACCACUCUGGCAAAACCCAUCUAGAGUCCACUGGAACUACCUACAUUAAAGAAACCAUAAUUGACUGAGAUUAUAGAAAAGAUGAUAUUUUUUGAAGAAUUAACAUCAACGCAGGUUAAUACUGAUCUCCUGAUAAAUAACAGCACGUUAUGAUAUAUAGAAUAUGGCAGAAAUCAUGUUGCAAAUCAGCCAGGGUUCCCAGAGGCAAGUUUGUUCUAGUUUUUGUUCUAGACCCCAACCAGUGCAGCAGGUGAGAACAGCCCUGUAACUGGACACCUGUCAGUGUGGGAACAGAGAUGGGUGUGCCUCUCCCAUCUCUGUGAGGUCUCCAUUUCCCACCUGGGAGUGGCUGUGGCUUGUGCUGAUGGCUGCAAUAACCGACCUGUCCCUGAGACUUCAGGUUUUCCUUCCAUUAUUGAUUCCAGCAUCUUGCUCGUGAAAUUCAAUGAUCAGAGCCCCACCGAGCACUUCCCUCCCAGCCCACCACCAGCAGCAUCCCGGGUUUUGUCCGAGUGAAAGGCUCACAUUAAGCAUUUGGCCUCCCAGGGACGGGGAUUACAAACGAGCAGGAAUCAAGGGAAAUUUGAUUCUUUCUCCCCACCUACCUCUCUGCCUACUGUCUUCCAUGUUUGCAAACCGUAUUAGCUCCUGCUGCUUGCAAUUCCAGAGACACUUCCCUUUCUCUUCAGGGCUCGUUCCAGCCACAUCUGCCUAUUGCUGUAAUCUCAUUUUGCAGGAUGCCACAUCUCUUAGUAGCUUUUAAUUGUGUAACACAUCUAAGCAUCUUAAAAAGCACAUCAGAAACUGUCAGAUAGACAGAAAAAUGCUGUUCAGAAGAGAAACAUCCUUCCUGACAUUUGGAUAUUUGUGGAUAUUUGUCUCCACUUGUAUUAGAAAAUUACCUUAAAUGCAGAAAAAUAUCUACGUUUUUAAAAGGAAUGCUCGUAAUCUUUUCAAUGAGAAAUUAAUUUUGGAUUGAAUUUAGUAUACACUGCUGCUCUAAAGAAAAAUCUGAGCCUUAAUUAAACUAACCAACUUAAAACUAACUUAAAUAAUACAGCAGUUCAUGUUUUGCUGAUUUCCAUGAAAAAAACAGUGCACAAUUUUGCCUUUUUAAAAAUCUAUGUUGGAAGACAUAUGAAUACAAGUUUUACAAUUUUAAAAUAAUUGUUACGUACAUUGCUACAGAAAAUCUAUUUGUAUUCUUCCUUUUGAAGCUGCUCAGCGCUGAUGCUCCACAGAUGGUCGUGUUCUGCUUGGGCAGUGGUGAGUGAGGCUGGUCCCCCUGCAGCCCACCCAGCCACAGACCAUGGCCACGCCUGAAACAUCUCACUCUCCUCAGGAAAAAAUCAUCCCAGCACCAUCCACUGUCCACUGGGCUAAAGGACAUGACAAAGGCUGUGGCACUGCUAUUUAUUUUGCCGUGAUUAUGGCGUUUCUUAUGUAGCAACUAUUGCAGAGGUUUUCGUAGAAAAUAAAAAAGCUAUA